AAGGUAGACAACGCAGACAUCCCAACGCAGCAAGCUGACCGACCUUCCCCUCCUCUUCCGCUACCUAAGAGUGCUAGCUAAGGUAUGUGACUUUACCUAUGUAAGCAUCGUAAGGUACUUUUUCCGUGCCUGACUAACAUUACCUACCUUAGAGACACAGACCCCCCCGUUGACAUUUGCUUACACACGACUUUUUCUGAAUCUGCUGGGACCUUGUCACUGGCAGCCGGCAUCCACCCGUUGCCAUUGUAUCCGAUUGUUGCUUGUUGCAUUGUACCCAACUUUCCACCAACGCCCGAACUGUUCCUCCCGAUUAUUACAACCUCUUCUCCUCCCAUCUCGGAUAGAACCUCUUGCAUAUCUACAACUCUCACACCAACCCCGUUGCUCAAGAGCAGCCACCCCCCGCCAUCUCCCAUAAUCUCCAUUCCACAAACGCCUCGAAAUCCUACCCCGCGAAAACACACCUCAAAAGAAGCAUCGUCACACACACACAGCAACGACUCUCCCGCCUCUCUACAUCUUCCCAAUCACCAAAGCCCACCUUCAACCUCCAUAACCCCCCCGCGACACAGCAGCAGCAAACAUGGUCGACCGGCCCAACAAGCCCACCGCCCUGGCCACCACGCCCGGCCUCCCGCCCCAGGCCACCGUCGACAUCACCCACAACAACACCCGCGUCUCCGCCACCCUGCCCACCGGCGAGUCCGUCGAGGUCCUCCUCCACGGCGCCACCGUCCUCUCGUGGAAGUCCGCCGCCGGCGCAGACCGCCUCUGGCUCUCCGAGUCCACCGUCCUCGACGGCUCCAAGCCCGUCCGCGGCGGCAUCCCCCUCGUCUUCCCCGUCUUCGGGCCCCCCUCCGACGCCCACCCGCCCACCGCCAAGCUGAGCCAGCACGGCUUCGCGCGCAGCUCGCGCUGGGAGUUCCUCGGCAAGUCCACCAGCGAGGGGUCCGCCGGCUCGGAGUCCUCCGUCAAGCUCGACUUUGGCCUGUCCUCGGCCAACCUCGACGCCGACACCCAGGCCAAGUGGGGGUACAAGUUUGGCGCCAUCUACAGCGUGUCGCUCGACCGCGAGACGCUGUCCACGUCGUUGGUCAUCACGAACGAGGGCGAGGAGGCCUUUGAUUGCCAGGUCCUGAUGCACACCUACCUACGCGUCAACGACAUCACAAACAUCUCAGUGCAAGGCCUCGACGGCGCCGCCUACACCGACAAAGUCGACAACGGCGCCUCAAAGUCCCAGUCCGGCGACGUCACCAUCACCCAAGAGACGGACCGCAUCUACACCCCCACCGGCGGCCCCCGGGCCCCCGUCACCGUCCUCGAGAGCGGCAAGCCCCUCUUCUCCGUCGUCCGCGACAACCUCGACAACGUCGUCGUCUGGAACCCCUGGGUCGACAAGGCGCAAGGCAUCGCCGACUUCGCCCCCAAGGACGGCUACAAGAACAUGCUGUGCGUGGAGCCCGGCGCCGUCAAGGAGUGGCAGAAGCUCGAGCCCGGCGACGCGUUCGAGGGCGCCCAGGUCAUUACGGCGAGCUCGAACUGAUGCCAGGGGAUGGUGGAGAGGGGAAAGCUGUGAGAAUGAGAGAGAGAAGGGAGGUGGGGUCCAAGUCACAUCGACCAGGUGGGUUGCGUGAGGAAACGAGAAAGAGAGGCGGGGAGGGAGGACUUAAAGCAAUAACUGGAAAAAGAAUCUCGGGACAAACCUAACCAAAGGAAGAAUCUUGAGCUAGAAGGGAUAUUUAGACGGCCAGACGUGGAGAGACAGUGAAGGCCGAAAGUUAUCAUGAACCAGCAGGCGCGCGCGUUAAGGGAAAGCAGGCCCGGAAAC